AUGUUACCAAGAUUGGUACCGCCACUAAUUCUGAUAAUUGUAACUGUAGCUAUAAGCACACUGUCGCGAGCUUGCGAUUUGGAUCAAAUGCAAUAUGGAUGUCGCAUCUAUAAUGCACAAUGCAGAUGCGGUUAUGGUUGUUCUUCGGAAUAUAGAUAUAAUAAUAAUGAGGAUUGUAAAGAAGCGUUAAGAGGCAAGCGUAGCGAUACAUGCUAUAGAUUACCUUGUUUGAACGGUGGGUCUUGCUUGCAAAUAUCGUCGGAGCCUGGAUUUAAAUGCCGUUGCGAAGGAACUGGUUAUUAUGGGCCAUUAUGCGAAACACCUUGUCCGGGACUGAGCUAUCUACGUCUCCGAGGACCUUUCCCAUAUGAAUGCGUUGUGAUCUGAUUUACAAUUUUUCUUAUUCUUAUCUAUUCCAAAUCAAAUACAUUCACUAUUAAAUAC